AUGAGACAAGACUGCAAGAUUUACGUUGGGAACUUGCCCCCAGAUGUUAAGACCAGAGACUUAGAAUCUUUAUUCAUAAAAUACGGGCCUAUCACCGACAUUGACUUGAAAUGUCGACGUGGGCCUCCUUUUGCUUUCAUUGAAUUCGAGGAUGAUCGGUAUGUCCUCCUGGCUAAUAAUUACGCUUUAGGGACGCUGCUGAUGCUGUUCGCGGUCGCGAUGGCUACAACUUUGAUGGAUAUGCUCUCCGCGUUGAAUUUCCUCGUGGGGGUGGCUUCAACUCUUUUCGCCGGGGUGGAAGCCGAGGCGGUGGCGGUCCUUCCCGCCGUUCUGACUAUCGCGUAAUAGUCACGGGCCUCCCACCGACUGGAAGCUGGCAAGAUUUAAAGGACCACAUGCGCGAGGCUGGUGAUGUAGGUUUUGCGGACGUCUUCAAGGAUGGGUCUGGUGUUGUGGAGUUCUUACGCUACGAGGACAUGAAGUAUGCCCUCAAAAAACUAGACGAUUCGAAGUUUCGCUCUCACGAGGUAAGAUGGUCUUGUUAUUUAUCUCCUCUUAAGGGUGAGACGUCUUACAUACGUGUGCGUGAAGAGCGACAGAAUUAUUCGCGCUCCCGUUCACGUUCCCGUUCGUACGGCUCUCCUCGCGACAGGUAUUCGGGUAGUCGUUCACCCUCGAGGUCUAUCAGCCCGCGACGUUAACCUUUGUCAUUCUGACAUUCAAGUAAUGUUGGUGCAUGUGUGGUUCCUCUUUUAACCUUCCACGCAGUAAAUAUUCACACCAUUAAUGCUCGUUGUUCUCUUUUGAAGGUUCAAUCUUGGACCUGAGGAGUUGUUGGAUUCGUCAAGACUGGAUAAGAGUUCGGCCUCCGGAUACCUAGGUCAUUUGACAGCAAGACCCUUGUGA